GGAAAAGGGAAGUAGGCCACCCAACUGCCCAAUGUGAGAGUGAAGUUAGUCAGGUAACUCCGUGAAUGAAAAAUACUUUACAAUUCAAAUAAAUCUUUGCGCAUCGUGUAUUCUUUUGUGAUAGUCGUAGGGCUUGAUUUUGCAUUCCGCCAACGGUGUGUUUUCCCACAUUGAAUAAAUAGUACGAGGCGUUAUCAGCGCUGUAGUGGGUUUGGGUUAGUGGUUAAAAACACAUCCACUGUUAUGUUUGGGAGCUGGAGUUUCCUCCCGACCUCUCUCACUCCGAUGAGGCGAAGACUGUCGAUGCACAGCGAUCUGUGAUAGUUAGGGGUCUGGAUUUCCCCACCGCCUUCCUGUGGGUUUCUGUGAAAUGACCUGACAUCGAUGCCCCUUGUUUCAGUGUCAUUUGGCAAUGGCGAGAAUAGCUUGGUAUCAAGAGAAGAUCGGGGCGUACGAUCAGCAAGUAUGGGAGAAAUCUCUGGAGAAGGCUGAGCUUAAUGACAUCGACAGCAAACCAAUGAAGACUGGCCACAUCAAGCCAGAUCUUAUCGAUGUGGAUCUGGUCAGAGGAUCUACGUUCAGCAAGGCCAAGCCAGAGAGCCCCUGGGCGUCUCUGACCCGCAAAGGCCUCGUCCGGGUGCUCCUCUUCCCCUUCUUCUUCCGCUGGUGGACCCAGGUCACCUCCACACACGUCUCCUGGUGCAUCCUGCUGCUCUACUUCAUGCAAGUGGCGGCGGUGGUUCUGUACCUCCAGCUGCCCACGGCCGGGGCCAGCGAUCUGUUGGAGCCCGUGUGUCUGAUGCUGCUUCUGGGGACGGUGCACUGCCAGAUCGUCUCCACAGAGUCCAACCGCACCAUCGCCAACAACAGCCCCGCCUCCACCGCCAGCCCCGCACGCCGGAGGAGGCCGUGGAAGAGCAGAGGAGCCAAGAAGGCGGAGGAGGGGGAGACCGGAGGAGAGGCGGAGCAGAAGGCUCGGCCGACGGAGGACUGCGGGCGGCCGCCCUACAGAGCCGAGAGCAGCAAGAGGAAGUCGGGGUUCCGGGCGUCGGACGAGCUCUCUACGGACGAGGAGGAAGAGGCGAGGGACGCCCAGGCCCCAGCGGCACCCAGCCUGCCGCCGUCCUCCAGCAGCCUGAGGAAGAGGGGCCCUCACAGGCUCCCCAAAGCCCCCCCCAGACCCCAGGAUCAGGGACAUGAAUCCUCUCCAACACGCCUAUGGUGGUGUCUUCUGUGGCCACAGGAAGGAGGAGGAGGAGCAGGAGCAGGAGGAGGAGGAGGAGGAGGAGUCGAGGUUACAGUGGCCAAUGAGGGCAAGGCCAAAUCCCGGGAACUGGACCGCCUGAGGCCGCCCCCCGGGGACUCCCGCCUCGCCUCCGACACGGAUGACACCAUGUGGGAGGAGCUUCUGCAGGGGCCUGACUCCGCCUCCAGCGGCAGCAGCGAGGGCGAGGGGCGCCACAACGUGGGCGUGGCGUUCCCGGCCUCCUCCGCCGCGCUGAGCAGCGAUGAGGAGAACCUGCAGCAGGGCAUCGCUGGGGGCCAGCUGUCCUGGCUGCAGCCCUGCCACCCGUCCCGUGACCGCGUCAGUGCCAUAUUCUGGGAGAAGGGCGAGUGCAAGAAAGCAGACAUGUCAGUAUUGGAGAUCAGUGGGAUCAUCCUGACACGGGUGAAGGCAGUGGAGCAGGGCAUGGGCUACCUGAUGCUGGCGGGCCUGGUGACGGCCACGCUGGCCCUCCUGCCCUACGCCUUCCGGCUGGGCCAGCAGCUGGACCUGUCCAGUCUGACCCUGCUGACCCCCGCCCGGCUGUGGGGCGCGGCCGCGGGGCCGGCCGACGCCACCGCCUGCGCCUUCUUCCUCAUCGUCACUGUGGAGAAGUUCUGCCUCGCCGGUCUCUUCUUCUUCAUGACGUGCGUGGCGGAGCGGACGUACAGACAGAGGCUGCUCUUUGCCAAGCUGUUCAGCCACCUCACCUCUGCACGCAAGGCUAAGAAGUCUGAGAUCCCCCACUUCAGACUGAAGAAGGUCCAGAACAUCAAGAUGUGGCUCUCUCUACGCUCCUUCCUCAAGAGAAGAGGACCCCAGCGCUCAGUGGAUGUCAUUGUGUCCACCAUCUUCCUCCUGGCUCUUUCCAUUUGCUUCAUCAUCUGUGCCCAGCUGCUGCACAAUUACAAGACCUUCCUGGACUCUGUUCUGAACUGGGAGCUGAUGGUGUGGGCCUUCGCCCUGCUCCUCUUCCUCUUACGCCUUGCCACGCUGGGCUCGGAGACCAACAGCAAGUACAGCAACGCCUCCGUGCUGCUCACCGAGCAGAUUAAUUUGUACCUGAGGAUUGAGAAGAAGCCGAAUAAGAAGGAGGAGCUGGUUCUGGUGAACAACGUGUUGAAGCUGGCCAUGAAGCUGAUGAAGGAGCUGGACACCCCGUUCCGGCUGCUUGGUCUGACUGUAAACCCCCUGAUCUACAACAUCACCAAGGUGGUCAUCCUGUCUGCCGUCUCGGCCGUAGUCAGCGACCGGCUGGGCUUCAACAUCCGACUGUGGAAGAUCAAGUCUUAAGGUGGUCCGCCUGGUGCCGCCCGCCUCACCUGCGUCUGCUCAGAAACCAAACCUGUGCUGCUGCUGACCGUCGGCGAGCCUCCUGCCAAACAUUCCUACCGUGACGACCACUCGCACAACCCCUCUCACCCCAUGGUCUGCUGUAUGGGACGGCCAUCACAGAGCCCCCCCCCCCCCUCCCGGCCACUAGUGCCUGACAUUCGGGACCUUAAAUGUCCCCGCGUGUCGGAAAACAUAGAGUGUGUGAAGUUGGGGGUGUGGUGCGUGGGCAGGGCGGUGGUAGGAGGGAUGGUGUGAUGUUUGUGUCGGGGGGCGUCUGUGGAAUGGUAAUCACGCAGUCCUUCUGUAUAUUAGACCACGUGGCAUUGAUACUUCCAUAAGUGUGUUUAACCCGAGUGUAAUAAUGCACACUAGAGAGAGAGUAGGCUAAGGGUCCAUUAACUCUACCACCACUUUGUAUUAUCUGACACUAGAAUGAGGUAAUUGAACUAAUUCAAACCUAACUCUAUUUUUUAUUAUUGUCAAUGAUUGGAAUGUGUUGGUUUUAUUUAUUAGGUGUUCAACAUUGUAUAUUAGCUCAACGGUGGAAAGGUACUUCAAACUGUAUUGUCUUUGUUUCGAUAGCCGGUGUUGCAUCAUAGGCUAUGUAUGUGUUGAAAGUAAAUGAAAGAACCUAUGCAGAUGAUUUCUGUCAAAUUUAUUUUAUUGGAAAUAAAUAAGUGAUUUAUGUA